AUGGAAGGCGGCAAUGGCGGCGUGAUUCUGCCUCUGACUCUGACGAAAGAGGUUCCACAUGGCUCCAACAAAGUUGAUCACCAUCUGAAGCAGCUUUUAGCUUCCCGUUUGAGUAGCCCAGAUCUCACUCCUCAGGAGAUUGCAGAGGCGUCAAAAUCUGCUGCUGCGGCGGCUGCUAUAGCUGCAAAGGUGGCCAGGGCUAAGGCGGAUGAGAAGGCUGCUGCAGCAGCUAAAGCGGUUGCUGCGGCUAAGACCGCUCUAGAUUUGAUUGCCUCCUUCCCCAAUCCCACCCAUAAUAAUAAUAAUAAUAAUGUUGUUGCUGCUGUUGCUGCUGCUGACUUGUUGUACCAAGAAUUACCCUCCAAGCUGCAACUAGGAGACGUCAUGAUAGAGAGACAAGAAGAUUUCAAUGCCAAGGAGUUGGUAGUCUCCGAUAGACUGAUUGAAGCAGCAGCAAAAGAGGGGAUUCAGGUGACUAGAAAGAGGGGUCGGCCAAAGCUCAAAUGA